ACGGCUUAUUGGCUCAGUUGCGUCGCGCAAACGGUACUGCCAGCAUAAAAAAGGGCGGGCUUUUCUUUUUUUUAAUUUUCCGCACUCGUAAGGUGUUGUGAAGAUGAAAUAUUUAGUAGUAUUCGCCGUUGUUGCGUUGGCCUUUGCCGCGGAGGAGGCGAAAGAAGAGGAAAGGCCGAAAACCUUCAGAAGAUUAAUCCCAGCUGAUGUUUUAAGAGAUUUCCCAGGCAUGUGCUUCGCGUCAACCCGUUGCGCGACCGUCGAGCCUGGCAACACCUGGGAUUUGGCGCCAUUCUGUGGCCGCAGUACGUGCGUGGUCAGCGAGGACCAGCCCCCGAGGCUGCUGGAGCUGGUCGAGGACUGCGGGCCCCUGCCGCUAGCCAACCCCAAGUGCAAACUUGACACAGACAAGACAAACAAGACCGCGCCUUUCCCUGGCUGUUGUCCGAUCUUCACGUGCGAAGAAGGUGCCAAGUUGGAGUACCCCGAACUCCCCACUCCUCCCCCAGAAGAGGAAAAGAAAGAGGAAGCAAAGAAAGAAUAAAAAAAUACAAUAAAAUAAAAAAGUAUCGCGGUUGAUUAAAAAAAAAGAACGUCAAAAAUUCGAUUUCAAAAUGGCGUGUUCUUUUUUCAACUGCGGCGUGUUCGGUCUCAAAACAUACCAAAACUAUUUACAAUGAACUCAUUCCAGUACUUUCUACAAUAAAACCGCUACAAUGGAUGAGUUUUAUCCGAAACUUCCUAUUUCCUGCUCUUUUGAACAAUAAAAAUCUGUGACAAAACUCAUUGUUGCAAUGAAUAGCGUGCGAUCCAUAGACAGAAUUGGAACGCAUAGAUUGCGAUUGUUUUUUUUAGAAGUUACAUCGGUUUUUUACUUGAAUACCUGCCUACUUAUAAUGUUUGUGAUAUUGAUACAAUAAAUAAAUA